AAAUUGUGAAUAUUGACGUUUGUAAUUUGUUUGACUCCGCGACCGACUCGGACAGCGAACAGUUUAGUGAAUAAUCUAACGAUCAGUCGCUUACUCUGUCGUGUUUAUGUUUUAAUUCGAGCCAAGUUAUACAAAUCGGGCGAUGGAGUGGUCGAAAGACAGAACAUUGAAGUUGAUCGAGCUGUUGCAAGUGAACGCAAGUCUUUGGAACCCGUCUUUAUGUGAGACGAGAAGAGACAAACAGAAGCGGCGCGAAGAAUUGCGAUUGAUAUCGGAUAUAUUAGGGAUAUCGGUGCCGGAUGUUACGAAGAAAAUUCAACAUCUCCGGACACAGUACAACCGUGAAUCGGCGCGAGAAGUGCGCGCUUAUGUUGAAGACCCCAACGAUAGAUAUGUCAGCAAUUGGUACGCCUUCGAAUAUUUACACUUCUUGAAGGACUCCAGCAAACCGUACAGGGUUUUACAGUCGGAGGACAACUCAGAAAUUAGUGGUCAAUCAUCUCACUCGGACAAUGCAGUCAGUGACUGCAAACUUGCCAGUCUGUCUCCACCUCACAAGAUCUCCAGAACAGAGCCAGCUGUGCCCGCAGUCAAGCCAGAAAUUGUCUAUCCCACAAUAUCCAGACCCAGAGAUGAGUUUUCCGUAUUUGGGGAAUACAUAGCUAAUGAGCUCCGCUCUUUAAAAGGAGAGAAAAACCUUUUGGUAGCAAAGAAGAAAAUACAGGAUGCCAUAUUUGAUGUAAAGAUGGGAAUGAUUGGGGAAACAAGGACUGAACAAGGACCAUUGUGUAGCAAGUUAUAUACAACGCCUGUAAUGACGACUGCGGCUCACAUUGAGCCCUUGUCAGCAUCCCAAACACCCUCUACAACAGGAAUCAGUGAGAUUAUCAUAAAUGGUGCGUGCCAUUACUCUAACUUCAAAGUUGACACUCAAUAGCAGUGUCAUCCACUUCCGGAUGAGGAAGUGGAUAAAAAUGAAGGAUAUACCAUAAGCAAUUAAGCAAUCGCAAGCCAACUAAUGAAUUUAGUACACAAUGCAAUCCUCUGAAAAUACAUAGAAUAAGUCCUCACAACUACUUGAAAGUGAAAAGACAGGCCUAAUAAAUAUGUAGAAAGAAAAAGAAUUUUAAUUAUUGUAAUUUUAAGGUACUUAUGUAUACUUAAGUUUAUGAUGAAAACUGAACACAACACCUGUAAAUGAUAAUUUAUUUAUUUU